AUGUCUGGGCUCGCUCUCCUCGUGCGCGAGAUCGAACGCGUCGUGACCGCGCCUUAUGUGCCCUCCCUGCAGGAUCUCCAUGUCCUCGCCCAGCGAAACUCGAGCUCUACAAUUGACUCUUGGGCGCUUCAGAAACCUUGUCAAGCCGGCCCGUUGGCCGAUAUCCUCGUUGAGGGCCUAUCGCGAUCGCGGGUGGCUGUCCCACUGAUCUCCGUGUUUGCUCACACGAGGAUCUUCCGAGAUGCCUUGCUGCAGCGGCAUAUGGUCAUUUUGGAUACUUUUCUCCAAGAGUCAGUGGAUGUCGGGGAGUCUGAAUACGACCCGGCGUGCAGUGCCAUUCUAUCAUCGCCACUCCCUUCUGAUGUGGUAGCGCCCGCUCGUCUGGCCCAAUUCAUCACAAAGCUGGUUCGGUCAAUGGCAGGAAAGCCAUCGGCGGAGACGGUGGCCCCUCUCCACAGCUUGAUGAGCACCCUACAGGCAUCGCCACGGAUCUUAGAUGAAGUUCCUUCAGAAGUGAUGUCUAACCUUCAGCUUGAAUUCACGAAGACGUUGCGCAACCUCGACGACCACAUGGGUAACCUUUUAUGCCUGGCAACAUUUGCACAAAUCGCAUCGACCCCAAACGCCAAUCGCCAUACUCAACACGGACCGCAGCCCUUAUCUUGGCUUCUUAACAUUCAGCAUUUCUUUGGUCCCAAGAGAGGUCAGAAAACACUUGAUUUGGUUGUUUUGCGCGUCAUCCUUGCCUGCUCUUCGAACUGCAAUUUGGCUCCAUCUCAAGCCGCUGAAAGCAUUCGUCUUGCCAUAUGUGUCUUAGAUGCAGUUGAGCCAGAGCAAAAGCACACUUGGAUAUCCAACAACUCGUCCAAGAUUGCCAAAUUGUGUGAGAAAGUAGCCAAGGAUGGCCUUGGCCGAGAUAUUCAGGUGAUGGGAGUGACAUUCUUGGUCUCUCUAUGCCCUGUGGCUGCACUUCCUUCUCAGAUCCGUGAUCUUGGCCUCCGUGUGCUUGUUUCCAGUGAUAGUCGAGGAGCUCUAGGUAAUAUGCCGCCGCACCUACUAUCACGACUCACGGAGUCAUUGGCAAUCUGCGAUGAAUCCGUCGUCUACGAACUCCUCCGGUUCACCAUGGAUGUCUUGAAAGACGACAGUCCCAAUCGAGGCUCACUGGCGAGUCUACGUUUGGCCGCUCUGUUUCUUUCGGGCUUUCAGUCAACUGGCUCCAAACCGGUCAUCUCUUCACUGCUCAAUUCGGUAUCCACAAAAGAUGCCAUUGCCACACUGUUUGCAAAGUUCCCCGUUAUGUCGAGUCAAGACGAUUGCUGUGGCUCGGAAGUAUGCUACUGCGCAUAUGCAGCGUUAAAGAACAAAAUUUUGCUCACCUUAUUCGAGAUCUAUUUCGCUGCUGCAUUGUCGCAAAAUGGAAACACUACUGAUAUUAUGUUGAUGAAGUCCUUUGUUAAUCAUGCCGCAAAGUCUUUUGCUGAAAAGGGCUGCGCCUUUUCCGUGGUUGAUUUGAAAGAAUUUCGAAAACCCCUUUUCUUACGCAGCACGCAAGACUUCUCGUCGACGCACACUUCGACUCGAGAUUGGCGCUCUGGAGUUACAGAAGCCUUCAUGCAGAACGCUCAACUAUCUCACGAUAAUAUGAUGAAGAAAAUUGGAGAUAUCUGCUCUGAUAUGGAGAGUCGCUGCUACGAUGUCGAAGGUCCCCUGCGGUCAGCGGAACAAGAGCGAGAUCACCAUAUUGCUGAAAAGGAACAACUGAAGCAUCAAAGUGAAGAUUUGCAGAGGCAACUAGAGCAAUCUUCCCAUACGAUCUCCUGUUUACAGCAUGACCUUUCACGCUUGGGGGAAAAUGCCGAAAACGCAUCUUGUCGAGUCCAAGAGUUGACUGCAACCUUAGAAUCCACGCAUCAGGAGCUCCAGGAACAGCGGCGCAUCUCCGAGGACACACUAAAUACGGAGCGUGAAUUGGCUCGAAGCAGAGAACUUGAUCUCAUAGCCAUGGCUACAGAGAAAGAUGAUCAGUUUGAAGAGCUACAAGAAAAGACCUCUCGACUUCAAUCUGAGAACAAGAAGAUGCGGCAGAGCCUUGAUGCUGCUUCCAAGGAGAUGGCUACAUCAUCGGAGACAUCUGCCUCGCUGCGAAACGAGCUUGCAGAGGCCAAGUCUCUCCUGGAAAAAACUAAGGUCAUUUGUGAGCAGAAGGAAGACGAAGUCAAACGUCUGUUGACAGACAAUGAAGAUCUGCGAGUGGAACUGGAGACUGUGAAAGCAACGAUGGAGGAGCAGAACAUCGAAGUUGAAAGACUGUACUCUGCAUUACAAGAUGCUGAGGAGAAGCUACAGUUGGAGAGGGAGAUGUUGACACACAAACACGAAGUCGAGAUCUCGCAAGCUAUUGAAUCAGAGAUUGCCAAGCAUAAGGAAGAAAAUUGCCGCCUGCAGGCCAAGAUGCAUUCUAACGUGCAAAAUGCAUCCAAAGACCGUCAAGAAAAAGAAACACGCAUACUCCAGUUAGAGAAGAAGAUCCAGUCACUGCGCAAUGAACGAGCCACUAAGGCCCGGGAAUUCUCCGAGGCGCAGCAGCAUAUCGGUCGCCUUAUGGGUGUCAUGGGCUUCUCUGCACCAUGUGAGCCGACAACCUCGAACAAAAACCAUCGCCCAAGGUCUACAGAUGCAACUCAUGUUGCUCCCCGAAGCCGGUCCACAGAAAAUGAUGAUUACACCACGCAACUUGCAGAGUCAUUCGAUUCACUGGCGUCCAACCUCCAAGGUCCAAGCCCCAAGCGGCCCAAGGGCAACCGGAGAUCGAUGAUUUUGUCGCAGGCACCACCCAAGACGCCAGUAAUCUCUAAGCCCAACCCACCUCCCACUGCCAAAUCCUCCAGCCGUCAUCCUCUUGCGGAGACCGACUUCAAUGGCCCAGCCAAGUCACCACCGACCGAUCCUUCCAAGUACAGCCAGUCCGAUGCGAAUCAUCUCCAGGACUUUGACCUAGAUAUGGAUUUAGAGUUCUCUAAAGACUUCAUAUUUACCAGCACGGCAUUUUCCGGCUCGAAUGAUCAGGCAGCCCGCCAAUAG